AUGGCCAGAGUUGACGUGAGCCUGCGCUUGAGACAAGCAAUCCUCCUGGAUGAUCUACCACUGGUGCAACGACUACUCAGAGCACAUCCCUCAUAUCUGCACAACCCAGAUUAUGCCGAUAAAAGCAACACCUCUUUGCACCUGGCAGCACAGUAUGGGGUGUUAGAAAUAGCAGAAUAUUUGAUAUCGAUCGGCCAUGACAGCAACCCCGAGGUAACAGACUGGAUAUACAGCAAUAGUGGCAACAACCAAGGUGUCUCGGUCAAUACCGAUGGCCAAUGUCCGCUUCACUUGGCCGCUAGCGCGUCUAAAACUGGUGUAGCCAGUCUACUCUGCAAACACUUUCCAGAGACAGUGACGAGACGAGAUCAUCGAGGGCAGACUCCCCUGCACCUUGCCUCCGCCUCACAGAUCAUGCCGACGAUGAAUUCUCUUUUCAAAACAGGCACACGACCUUCACCACGAUCACCCGAAGGGGUCACUUGUAUUGAGACACUUAUAGCCCAUGGGGCUGAUGUCAGGGCCCAAGAUGACCAGGGAAACACAUGUCUACACAACGCGAGUGCAUGGGGCAAUUUGAAGGCCGUCCGGGCGCUGAUUCAAGCGGGAGCUGACCCUUUGUGUAAGAACAAGGCAGGCUGGACGCCCGAGUACUACAGCAUUACGGUUCAGGCUGAGGUGUACUAUCGCAACCUGGUGGCAGAGUGGGAAAAGAGGAAGGCGGAAGAAGGAAUACGAGCGAACGAACGACGAGCCAAAGGUGGUGGUGGGGUUCGUUUGGUACCACAAGACAACGACAGCGAUGAUGAGGCAUCAGUGCAGAGCAGGAGUCGUGCCAGCAGCGCCAAAAGCCAGCAGACAAUCGAGAGUAGUAGUGAUGGCGGUUUGGGCAUCAGUGUUGGAUACGUGGAUACCUGGAAGUAG